AUGAAGAUGAGACGCCACAAGCUCUUUUUGACUUUGUGCAUGGCUGGUCUUUGCCUUAUCUCCUUCCUUCACUUCCUGAAGGCGCUCUCCUAUGUCACAUUCCCCAGAGAACUGGCAUCACUGAGCCCCAACUUGGUUUCUAACUUUUUCUGGAACAAUGCACCUGUCACACCUCAGGUCAGCCCUGAACCUGGGGGUCCAGAGUUCCUGCGGACACCCCUGUACUCCCAUUCACCUCUGCUACAGCCCCUCUCCCCGAGCAGAGCUGGCGAGGAGCUGCACAAAGCCGAAUUUGUGCUGCCCGAAGACACUGCAGAAUACUUUGUACACACCAAAGCUGGUGGGGUGUGCUUCAAGUCAGGCACCAAGGUGUUGGAGAAGCCACUCGUGGGCCGGCCAGAAGAGAAAAUUGAGGGAGCCGCUUCCGGGCGCAUCAGCCGGAAACCUCUGAGCGCCAGUGGGACAAAGCGACGUAAGUGGGUGGAGUGCGUGUGCCUCCCUGGCUGGCACGGGCCUAGCUGUGGGGUGCCCACUGUGGUGCAAUACUCAAAUCUCCCCACUAAAGACCGCCUGACCCCACGGGAGGUACCACGGAGGGUCAUUAAUGCCAUUAACGUCAAUCAUGAAUUUGACCUCUUGGAUGUGCGUUUCCAUGAGCUGGGUGAUGUGGUUGAUGCCUUUGUGGUGUGCGAAUCAAAUUUCACCGCGUAUGGGGAACCGCGCCCUCUCAAGUUCCGUGAGAUGUUGCUCAAUGGCUCCUUUGACUACAUCCGCCACAAGGUGCUCUAUGUCUUCCUGGAUCACUUCCCCCCUGGUGGGCGCCAGGACGGCUGGAUUGCCGACGACUAUCUGCGCACUUUCCUGACUCGGGAUGGCAUCUCCCGCCUCCGCAAUGGGCGGCCUGAUGACGUUUUCAUCAUUGACGAUGCGGACGAAAUCCCAGGCCGUGACGGCGUGCUCUUCCUCAAGCUCUACGAUGGUUGGACAGAGCCCUUUGCUUUUCAUAUGCGCAAAUCUCUCUAUGGCUUCUUCUGGAAGCAGCCUGGCACCCUGGAGGUGGUUUCUGGUUGCACCGUGGGAAUGCUCCAAAAUGUUUAUGCCACUGACGGGAUUCGGCUACGCCGGAGAGAGUACUAUACCAUGCCCGGCUUUCGGCAGUAUGAGAACAGCACAGGUCACAUCCUGGUACAGUGGUCCCUGGGCAGCCCGCUCCACUUUGCCGGCUGGCACUGCUCUUGGUGUUUUACACCCGAAGGAAUCUACUUUAAACUGGUGUCAGCCCAGAACGGGGACUUUCCCCGCUGGGGUGAUUAUGAGGACAAGCGAGACCUUAACUAUAUCCGGGAGCUAAUCCGGACUGGCGGGUGGUUUGAUGGCACCACCCAGGAGUACCCUCCUGCAGACCCCAAAGAACAAAUGUACGCUCCCAAAUAUCUGCUGAAGAACUAUCAGCGGUUUCGUUACUUACUGGAGAACCCCUACCAGAAGGCAGAGGGGGCUGGGUGAGGGGAGCGGGGAUUGCAUGGGUAGAUGGGACCUUAUGGAAAAAGGGGACAGCAAAGUGUGUCUUUUGUUUUUCCUUCCUUCCCCCGCUCCCUCCUGCUGGGGAAGUCUACGUUCUCACCAGCCUUUUGUCUGCCCCAUUCCCGAAAAGAGACUUGGGUGUGUGUGCAGUAGGGGGAGGGAUUCCUAGUCUUGUGAAUGAGAACCAGAGGAAGCGGGAACUGGCCCCAAGGACUAGCAGGAGGGAUGGCUCCUUCACCUCUCUUGUAGGACGAAAGCAAAACCUUCUGCAGGCAGCACUAUAAGGGGCAGACACGAGGACACGUCGGAGCAUGCAGCUGGGAGUGGAAGGGUGUGAGUGUGCUGAAGCCUCUACAGUCUUUGUAGUUUAGGUGAGGAUGGUGCUGAACUCCACAUCUAAAAACCCAUUUUCUUGAGUCGUUUGAAACCGAUGGCGUUCCCUUAGGCUCUGCUCUACCAACACUUCGGCCCUUGGGGAUUAGAAAAGGCAUACAGAAGUUUGAACUCUUCUUGCCUUCGUUGUUUUGCUGAGCAUCUGGUGAAGCUUGGCCAAAGACAACAGUACCCCCUGGGCACAGUGUUCUUACUUGCAGCUGGAACAGCUGACUGGCAACUUCACUAGGAGGUGUGUGGGUGUACGUGUGUAUGUAAGCGCAAGACUUUUUGUAGGUGACAUCAGGAGUUGUGCUCAUCUAGGAUAGGUGUAUUUCUUUGCCAUGUGUGUUUGUCACAUUAGGGUGUAAGGGUAGUUGCACACUCCACCUGGGAACAUGGCAGCACCAAAGAACUCUGCUUUCCAUCUCAUGAUUUAAUGGACGUUCAGGGAAACUCUACAAACUGGCAGGGUAUGAAGGUUGAAAAGGUGUCUGAUAUUUGCUCCAUAAAUGGAUGAUUUUGGUGGCUGGCCUCUAACGUGGAAGCUAGAUGACAGUAGGGCCAGUAGCCCACAGAUUUCCAAGGGACACGUCCAUUAUGAAUACAGUUCCCUCUUCCACAGUGACGAAACAUGUUUACAUUUUUAACUCAAAUAAGGUGCGUUGAAUUGCUACUAAGGAAAGGAGACAUUAGGAUUGUAAAGCUCCAGUGCCCAUCCUACUACUUCUGAAACAGGAGAGGUGUGAAGGUACUUGGCUCUGUGAUGCCGCCAUUUUGAGGACAAUGCUGUAUGGUUGGUCUAGCUCUUGCAUACUUAUAAUGUGGUUUGCAUAAGGGGAAAGGGUACAUGUUUUACGGAACUAUUGUGAAAGCUUCACGGUUAGAUCCUGGUGCCGAGCAUUUUAAGUGUUCCACUGAUUUUUGCAUCCUUUCCCCUUCAGGGAAUUGGUUGCAGCGUGUCUCCAAAUCAAUUUAUGGAGUCUGUGUCUCUGAGCCAAGGUCAAAGGUAUUGUAAAACCCAUAUUAUGUUUGCUGCUAAGGAAAUAUAUGAAACAGUGAGCCACUGUGCUUACUGCAAGAAAUGGGUGAUGUACGUGCAGUUAGAAGAGGAGCCCCAUGCUACCAAAAAGAGGUAUGCUAUUAGACAGUCUAUUUCUCUUAAAAGUUGCUUUUCUUUUCCUUUUUCUCUGUAGUUUCCCUCCGCUUUUGCCCUCUGUCCUGCCUUUCUGCACAUUCCUCCCAAUCACUCUAAAAAGACGCAGGAAGUGCUGCACCGUGCGUACGGUAGCCUCCCCUCCAGAAGUACUGGAUUGAAUUCCCAUCACUCACAGCCAGCAUGUCUAGAGGGCACCAU